AGGACAGUUACUAUACUCUUUGACUGGUACAUACAUUCAUGUAAAGUCAAACUAUCAAACUCUUAUUUAGCUUGUGAUAAGUUUUAAGUACAUAGAGAGAGAGACCAAAAAGUUUAAAACCACUACGUUUUAGUAACAAAACCAGAUAUUUCUCAAUAAUCUCCUAAAUACUGAAUUGAACUGCUUUAAAUAAUGGCAUACAACCCAGGUUAUGGACAACCAGGUUACGGACAACCAGGUUACGGACAACCAGGCGGACAACCAGGCUACGGACAGCCAGGCGGGCAACCAGGUUACGGACAACCAGCUUACGGAGGUCAACCAGUUGGCCAAUUAGAAAUAGGCCAUGGGCCAUAUCCAUCAGUUGGAGCAGGUGGAGGAAUUUCACCACAAGUACAGCAAUGGUUUGCUGCAGUGGAUAAAGAUAAGUCAGGAUUUAUAUCAGUCCCUGAAUUGAAAUCUGCUUUAGUAAACGGUCAAGGUCAAAAUUUUUCUGAUACAGCAUGCCAUCUAAUGAUUGGCAUGUUUGACAAGGAUCGUUCUGGGCACAUCAAUGUUGAAGAAUUCGACAAAUUAUAUACCUAUAUCAACCAAUGGUUAGCUGUUUUUAAAACGUAUGACGUAGAUCAAUCAGGGCAAAUUGAUGAACAAGAGUUGUCUAAGGCACUAAACCAAAUGGGAUUUCGGUUUUCGCCUGAAUUCAUAAACUUCUUAGCUAAGAGAAGUGAUUCGAAAGAAGGAAAAAUUUCAGUGGAUAGCUUUAUUGUAUUAUGUGUUCAAAUUCAACGUUUCACGGAAGCCUUUAGAAAGCGUGACACUCAGCAAAAUGGAACAGUUACCAUAGGAUUUGAAGAUUUCUUAAACGUAGCACUAAGUUGCUCUAUAUGAAGCAGUCUCACAAUGAAGAAAUAAAUUCCCUACUACGUUAUAAUUAGCACCUAAAAUAACUAUAUUACAACUAAGAGAUAACCAUAACAGCAUUUAAAUGGCUUAAUAGAUUUUCUUAUAUAUCAACUACUUGACUUAAUGCAGAACAAAAUAUAUGUGAUUGAAAAUAAAGCACACUAGCUUUGAACUAGAAAUGUUCAAUUGUUUAUAAAUUUUAAAACUGCAAAUGUAACCACAUUAAGUUCAACAAAUAAUUGAAUAAUAGUUUGUAAAGCCUAAACAAGAACAUAAUAUUUCCGACUUAAAAUAAAUCUGCUUUUAAUAGAUGAUAUAUUUUAUAAUUUUUUCAAUGAUAAAAUAUUUUAUUUCAUGUACAUGUAUUUUGUUUCAUGGUAUAGAGUGAAUCGUGUAAAACAUGAGUGUAGUGUAGUGUAGAAUGGGGUAAUUGAAAUUUUAUUAAAUUGUUCUUUGAGUUAAUUGAAAAACUAUUUUUAUACACAAAUAAACAAGAUCUGUUAGAUUUAUAUUGUAAAAUUUAUUUCAAAAGUUGUCUCAAAUUCUUAUAUCUCUUCAGAAUUCCAGAGUAGUAUCUGAAAAGGAGAAAAAAAAAAGUUGAAAAUGUUGUAUAUUACAAAUGAAAAUCAUGAAAAUUAAAAAAUAACUUAGUUAACAUUUACAAAUUAGCUCAAAGCUAUUCCAGCAUUUUACGUGAUACUUUAUUUUAAUAUAAUUAAUAAAACUUUUUCUAUAUGUUUAUCUUUUUACUCUUCGACACACAUAUUUUUAAUUAUGUAGAUAAAAGAUUUCUCAAUAAUAUUAAAAGAAAGAAAUAAUUUAAAAUUAAAAAUUUUGUACAGCCGACUUCAAUAUAAGUUAUUUAAGAAUAACUUAAAAACUAUUGGUCUGACCUUGAUCAAAUUCAUAUAGGACCACACGAGAAGUACCAGCUUUCAAAUAAAAAAAGAAUCAUCGAAAUCGGUUCACCCAGAAAAAAGUUCUGAGGUAACACACAU